AUGGCACGCCUCGGCACGGUCGCUGUGGCGGUCGCGAUCUUGAUGAUGGUCGUUGGCGGAGCGUGGGGCGACGUCUACAUGCACUGCCCGCGUGGGUGCAACAACCGCCUCAACGAGGAGAGCAACAACGGUAAGGGCGGCUAUGCCUGGGGUCCGAAGAUGUACUACUACUCCGGUUCGCAGUUGAUGGUGGAGUGGACCAACCAGCACGGCUGCGGUCCCGACAGCAAGCAGCGCAACGUCCACUGCGAGCUCAUCCUCCAGUACACCUGCGGCGAGCAGGUCCGCGACGGCCUCACCACCGAGUCGAUCCCGGAUGACCCCAACACGUACAACGAGAAGGCGGCGGACACGUUGAACAACAACGGCAAGCAGGCCUACAAGUACGGCAUGCACGAGUCCUACGCCUACUACCAGGACUGCAAGCUGCGCGAGCGCAACAAGGGCCUGUUCCUGGCCGACCAGAAGCCCGGCCCGUCGGCCCGCAACACGCGCCAGAACCCGGGCGGCGGCCGCAGCGGCUUCGAGUGCCCCGAGGAGCGCGACUACUACCCCUACUGGCACCCGACGCCGUGGAAGGACAUCGCCGUGCUCACCUCGGACGUGUCGCGGUGCGACUACUACAAGGAGAACACGGAGAAUGCCAAGGGCCGCGGCUACUGCUCGAACCCGAAGCUCAACAACGAGGCCCAGUGCAAGGCCAACAAGGGCACCUGGCUCACCGCGCCCGCGCACGGCGGCGGCCUGGACUGCCUCGAGGCCCCGCUGUCGCGCGACAACCACCUGGGCAACACCCCCACCGGCUGGGCCUCGUCCUACAACUGGACCAUCCCCGACGACCCCAACGAGAACUGCGUUCUGCGCCUGCGCUACAACAUCUCCGUGGGCGACUACGACGCGUGGAACACCUACAGCGACCAGAACCUCGACAAGACGAAGGGCAUCAAGAGCCCCAUCAGGAACAACCCCACCGUGCAAUUCGAGAGGGAGGACACGCCGGUGAUCAAGGCCCGGAACCUCACGCUGGCGCUCAACACGGCCCAGACCGGCAGGACGUUCCAGGACCGGAGCUACACCUUCUCCAUCCGCAGCCGCCCCUCCAACAUCGGACCCAUGGACAAGAUCUUCAACUUGAACGUUCGGGGCAAGCGCGGUAACAUCGUGCAGGUCUUCCCGUGCGUGGAGUACGACUUUGUGCCGACCACGCUCAACGUGCGGCCCAACGACCACAUCCACAUCCAGUGGACCGGCAGCAUCUACAACCCGAAGAACAACGACGGCGAGGGCACCUACGGCACGGACAUGUCCAACCUGGUCCAGGUGGAGAACCUGGACGACAACGUGCCCCUCACCUACUCUGACUCGCGCCACUUCUUCGGCGAGGAGGCGCGCAUGUCGCUGGCUCACCUGAACCAGAAGGAGUGCGACACGCUGGCGCAGCUCAUCGCCCGGCUCGGCACCGACCAGAACACCAUCAACCGCGACCCGCGCAAUUGCGCCAAGCUCAACGCCGCCAGCACCUACCAGGACCAGGGCCUCCACAAGGUCGGCGCCUCCCAGACCGGUGCUUACAUGUUCAUCAGCACGAGGAACAACAACUUCAGUAACAGAAGCCAGAAGAUGACGAUCAUCUCGAUCCCCUUCCUGCCCGUCUGGGCCAUCGUCCUGGUGGUCCUCGCCGGCACGGCCUGUCUCGCCUCGAUCGGUCUCUCGUGGUUCGCCCUCUGGGUCCGGUACCACCCCGACUCGCGCGCCGCCAACGUGUGGAACCGGAUGUCUGUCAACUAG